ACGUACAAAGCUAGCAAGAAGCAAUGGCCAAAGCUUUCUCCGCCAUCGUUCUCUUUCUUGUUACAUUGGAAGUUAGCCAAGUGAUUGGUGCUGUCAAUUACUGUAGGCCAAUUGUAGCAAAUGAUACUGACCAGAUUCAAUUUGCUCUUAACCUUGAAUUCCUUGAAGCUGAGUUUUUCUUGCGUGGUGCACUUGGUAAAGGGCUCGACAGCUUCGCUCCAACUUUUGCUCGUGGUGGUCCACCUCCCGUCGGUGCUAGGAAGGCCAAUCUUGACCCUCUAGUUGGCCGGAUCAUUGAGGAAUUCGGAUAUCAAGAAGUUGGUCACAUCAGGGCUAUAAUUACAAGAAUUGGAGGAUUUUCAAGGCCGUUGUUGGAUCUUAGCCCUCAAAAUUUUGCAAAACUAUUUGAUGAAGCAUUUGGUUUCACAUUGAGCCCUCCAUUCGACCCUUACUUGAACUCAGUCCACUAUCUCUUAGCAUCUUAUUUGAUUCCCUAUGUGGGACUGGUGGGUUAUGUUGGCACCAUUCCAAACCUUUCUACCAAGAAUUCUCUCAGUUUUGUGGCAUCGCUUUUGGGUGUGGAGUCAGGACAGGAUGCAGUUAUACGAACACUCCUAUAUGAGAGAGGCAACCAGAAGGUGCUGCCAUACAACAUAACAGUAGCAGAGUUUACAAACAAAAUCUCUGGGCUCAGAAACAAGUUGGCCAUGUGUGGCAACAAAGAUGAAGGCAUAGAAGUACCUCUCGCUCUUGGGGCUGAAAACCGUACAAAUAGCAACAUUCUCUCUGCUGAUCCUAAUUCUCUUUCAUAUGCUCGAACGCCACCAGAGAUCUUGAAGAUAGUAUAUGGAACUGGCAGCGAAUACAAACCCGGUGGCUUUUAUCCUAAUGGUGGAGGUGGAAACAUCGCAAAGAGCUUUCUUCGCAAAGCUUAGAAAAUAAUAAUUAAUAAUUUUAUAAUUAUUGUGCACGAAUAAAUAGAUGCAUGUUAAAAUAAAAAAUAAAUUAUUAUAAAGGACUUUUAAUAACGUGUUAUUGGGGUU